CAGCACCCCAGCGCCAAAACCCCAGCAUAUAAAAUAAUUGUAUCUCAAAACGCCAUCCCCAGCACACCCUGAACUAACUGGCAAAUCAACAUCCAAACCACAUAUCCCUCAGUAAAUGAUAGCAUACUAGUAAUACCUCCACUCGAAGAAAACAAGAAAAAGCACCCAUCUGAUUGGCCACCCGAACAUCAUCACACCGGGAAGCCCGCAAUUUCAGGCCAGAUUGAUUUACGAUAAGAGACACUGAAUAGUAAUACCCCUCGCUCGCUCACCUCGAACCACCACUCAAUAACCCCCUCCCUUCCUCCCUCGACUAUAAAAUCAACGUCUAACUAACCCAUCCAAGAAAAAAUGGAGUGGGAUCCCACGCAAUUUUUCCGCGACGAUCACACUACCCACCCGUUCGCCCUCUUAAUCCUCAACCAACCAAUCAAUGAAAGGGCGUUCCGCGUCUUAAGAAAACAUGCAAACCUAAUAAUCUGCGCCGACGGCGGCGCAAACCGCUUCUACGACAUGAUGAAAACGCACGACCAAGAAUCAACCGACCUCCCAAACCUCAUAAUAGGCGACCUAGACUCCAUCGCCCCGUCUGUCAGAGCCCACUACUCCAAUCUGGGUGUAACGGUCAUCGAGGACGAAGACCAGAACUCGACGGAUUUCACUAAGUGUUUGAAUUAUCUGCGGGAUCAUGUUGGGGAGGUUAUUUCCCCUCCUCCUUCUUCUUCUUCUUCUUCUCCUGGUUCUUCUGAGGGAGCAGUGAAAGGGGGAGAAACGAAGCUAGAUGUGCUUAUUAUGGGGGGUCUGGGCGGGAGGGUCGACCAGGCUUUUUCGCAGAUUCACCAUUUGUUUCUUAUGACGAGGUCGUUUGCUGCUGCUUCUUCUGGGCGGAAAGAAGAGGCGGUAGGGAAUCUGUAUCUCAUUUCCGAGGAGAGUAUUACGUUUAUUCUACGGCCGGGGGAGAAUGUGAUUUGGACUCCGGGGACGAAUCGGCCUGAUCUUCGGGAUCAAGGGACGGGGAUGGGGCCGGGGACGGAGUCGUUCCUGCUGGAGGAGAAUGUGGGGAUUGUGCCGUUGACAGGGCCGGCGCGGAUUACGACCAGAGGGCUGGAGUGGGAUGUGGAGGAUUGGAGGACAGAGAUUGGGGGGCGACUGAGUACGAGUAAUCAUAUCCGGAGUGAGGUUAUCACCGUGGAGUGUGCGGUGCCGGUGCUUUUUACCGUCGAGUUGGCCUCGAGGUUGAAGAGGGCGAGAUAG